AUGGGCAUAUUGCGCACGGCUGCGGAAGGCGGAGCUGAAGGCGGUAUGAAAGGCUCACAUGCCUCAUCUCAUCCUCCGCCUCUGGACAGCAAAAUGGCGACUGUUGACUACGACUCGUCUGCGGAUCCAGAGAUGGACUUAACCAGCGACGAGGAGUUAGAGAGGGAAGCUGAAGGCUUCAAAGAACAGGGAAAUGUGUACUAUGUCAAGAAGGACUACGCUGAAGCAUUCAACUUCUACACCAAGGCUAUCGACCUGUGCCCAAAAAAUGCCAGUUACUAUGGCAACCGUGCGGCCACAUUGAUGAUGCUGAGUCGCUACAGAGAGGCACUGGAGGACUCCCAGCAGGCUGUGCGACUAGACGACACCUUCAUGAAGGGCCACAUGCGUGAGGGCAAGUGUCACCUGCUGCUCGGCAAUGCUAUGGCUGCCACCCGCUGCUUCCAGAAGGUUCAAGAGCUGGAACCAGAAAGCAGUCAGGCGCAGCAGGAGCUGAAGAACGCAGAGUCCAUCCUGGAAUUUGAGCGACUGGCUGAGAUCAGCUUUGAGAAGCGAGACUUCAGGAUGGUGGUGUUCUGUAUGGAUCGGGCAUUAGAGUCUGCAUCUGCAUGUCACAGGUUCAAGGUGUUGAAAGCAGAGUGUCUGGCUCUGCUGGGACGCUACCCAGAGGCCCAAUCAGUUGCCAGUGACAUAUUGCGGAUGGAUUCCACCAACGGCGAUGCCCUGUAUGUGCGGGGAUUAUGUCUGUACUACGAGGACUGCAUUGAUAAGGCUGUGCAGUUUUUCGUUCAAGCGCUGCGCAUGGCACCAGACCAUGAGAAGGCCCGUCUGGCCUGCAGAAAUGCUAAAGCCCUAAAGGCGAAGAAAGAGGAAGGGAACAAAGCAUUUAAAGAGGGCAGCUUUGAAGAAGCAUAUGACCUCUACUCGGAGGCCCUGACCAUCGACCCAAACAACAUCAAAACCAACGCCAAGCUGUACUGUAACCGAGCCACCGUCGGAUCCAAGUUAAACAAACUGGAGCAGGCCAUUGAGGACUGCACAAAGGCUAUUAAACUGGAUGAGACCUAUAUUAAAGCUUAUUUGAGAAGAGCCCAAUGUUACAUGGACACAGAGCAGUAUGAAGAGGCUGUCAGAGACUAUGAGAAGGUUUAUCAAACAGAGAAGACUAAAGAGCAUAAGAACCUGUUGAAGAAUGCUCAGUUAGAGCUGAAGAAAAGUAAGAGGAAAGAUUAUUACAAGGUCCUUGGUGUGGAUAAAAACGCCACUGAAGAUGAAAUCAAGAAGGCCUACCGUAAACGAGCCCUGAUGCACCACCCAGACCGACACAGCGGAGCGAGUGCUGAAGUGCAGAAAGAGGAAGAGAAGAAGUUUAAGGAGGUGGGCGAGGCCUUCACAGUGCUUUCUGACCCCAAGAAGAAGUCCCGCUAUGACAGCGGCCAUGACUUGGAGGAUGACGACAUGAAUAUGGACUUCGAUGCCAAUAACAUCUUCAAAGCUUUCUUUGGUGGCCCUGGUGGGUUUAGUUUCGAAGCUAAUUCAUCAUUGGACCUGGAAAUUUCUUCUUCCAGUUUGGCUAGCUUGGCAACUUCCAGCAUGUAUGCAGUAGUUUCAUAACCUCUGAAUUCCCCUGAACCGGACUACUCUCCUCCAUCCCUGCUCUCUGAUGUACUACACUCUGGUGUAACGGGCUUUCGGACCCCACAGUUGGACCUGCGUCUGUGCCAUUGACUUGUUUUACUGCAUAUGCACAAAGACAACAACGGCAGGGGCAUGACCAUGACCAUUCUGUACCAGAAAAACAACAUGAUACAUUGCACAUGUCUCUUUCUGAUCGGUGUCCUUUUUGGCCCUUGUUAUUCCAGCUUUAGUUUUAUUGUUCUGCAAUGUUUUUUUUGUUGGUUUUUUUUUAAUCCACUUUAUCGAUUGUACCCUGAAUGCAUCAUCAUUUUUACUUUUUACUUUUUUUUUUUUUUUUUUUACAUUUUCAAAAGCUUCAGCUACAAAUUGAGUUGAUGUUUGGGGGAACAUAAGUGCUACAUGCAAAUCUGAUGUUUAUCUCUGACACUGAAUAGGAGUACUUAAUACUUUAAAUACUCUAAUUUCCUAUCAGCCCAUAGACAGCCCCUCUUAUUACUGAUCGUAAAAUGGUCCACAUCAUCCAAAUUAGUACAGAUUUCGGGUUAGUACAGAAAUUCAUUACUGCUAUUGCCGUAUAGAUUAAGCAUGUACAGAAUCAGAAUUCACACAGAUAUUAUAUUUAUGCAACAUUGCGAACCAUUUUAAAGACCUCCGCAAACUAUUAUGUGAAUGCAGCGCCUCAUGCCAAAUCUCACUUUAAGAAUAAUGCUGUUUCUGGAUUUCGGCACGCAAGUGGAUUGUUCGACUACUGCAUACAAAGGUUCAGAGAGAGAGAGAGAGAGAGUUCAAGCACCUGUUGUCCAUGUUCCCUUUCUGUAAGAUUCAUUUGUUAAUGUUGCCAUUCAACCCCUUGCUGCAUUGUACAUUUUAAUGGAAUGUAAAGUGUUUCUUUGUGUUGAUAGUUCAUGACUGUUUAAUUUUUUUUUAAACUACGAAAUACACUCACUUUUUUUGAUAUGUAUAUUUAUUGUAAGUUCAUUGGAUGUGAGCUUUGGAUGGAUGAUCUUUCAAU